CAAGUCUGGGGAACUAGUCAAUCAGCCAGCAGCCCCUUCUUUCUUACCCUAGUCUCCAGUCCUCCAGUGUUCACAGGUGAGCUCCCCAACAGCCACUGUUCACGAUGGAGGCCAUCAAGAAAAAGAUGCAGAUGCUGAAGUUGGACAAGGAGAAUGCUCUGGAUCGGGCAGAGCAAGCUGAAGCCGAGCAGAAGCAGGCAGAAGAAAGAAGUAAACAGCUGGAAGAUGAGCUGGUAGCCAUGCAGAAGAAGCUGAAAGGGACAGAGGAUGAGCUGGACAAGUAUUCUGAAGCUUUGAAGGAUGCCCAGGAGAAGUUGGAGCUGGCAGAGAAGAAAGCAGCUGAUGCUGAGGCUGAGGUGGCCUCCUUGAACCGUAGGAUCCAGCUGGUUGAAGAGGAGCUGGACCGUGCUCAAGAGCGCCUGGCCACUGCCCUGCAAAAGCUGGAGGAAGCUGAGAAAGCUGCUGAUGAGAGUGAGAGAGGUAUGAAGGUUAUUGAAAACCGAGCCUUAAAAGAUGAAGAAAAAAUGGAACUCCAGGAAAUCCAACUCAAAGAAGCUAAGCACAUUGCAGAAGAGGCAGAUAGGAAGUAUGAAGAGGUGGCUCGUAAGUUGGUGAUUAUUGAGGGAGACUUGGAACGCACAGAGGAGCGAGCUGAGCUGGCAGAGUCCCGUUGCCGAGAGAUGGAUGAGCAGAUCAGACUGAUGGACCAGAACCUGAAGUGUCUGAGUGCUGCUGAAGAAAAGUACUCUCAAAAAGAAGACAAAUAUGAGGAAGAGAUAAAGAUUCUUACUGAUAAACUCAAGGAGGCAGAGACCCGUGCUGAGUUUGCUGAGAGAUCGGUAGCCAAGCUGGAAAAGACAAUUGAUGACUUGGAAGAUAAACUGAAAUGCACCAAAGAGGAGCACCUCUGUACACAAAGGAUGCUGGACCAGACUCUGCUUGACCUGAAUGAGAUGUAGAGCACCCCAGUCCCAUCCUGCCGCUGCUCCUCCCUCUGACUCCGCUGAGGCCAGCCUGCCCGAAGCUGACCUUUAAACUGAGGGCUGACCUUUAACUGGAAGGCUGCUUUCUCCUUUCGCCACCUCUCCCACCCCCACCCCUGUGUCCUUUUCGCCAAACUGUCUCUGCCUCUCCCCAGAGAUUCCAUUUGGGCUAGAGGCUGAGCACCUUUGGGAACAACGUUUAAGGGAAUGUGAGCACAAUGCUAAGUGUCUUUAAAAGCAUGUUGUGAUGUACACAUUUUGUAAUUACCUUUUCUGUUGUUGAUGUAGCAGCCAGUUGUAAAACAUUCCAGAUAAUUCCAUAGUUUUGAAGCAGCAGUCUAAUCCCUUUUUCACUUUUGGAAGGUAACUUUUCAGCUUAAUGCAUAUUGCCCUCUCCGUAGAGGAGGGGGAAAGGUAUGGGCCUGCCUUACUGAGAGCCAAACAGCCCAGAGAAGGACUCCAUUCUGGGAAACCUUAUUGCUCUGUAAAAAGUACCCCGCCAAACCAGAAAGGUGAUUCCAGAAGGAGUUAGCCAAAAAAAAAAAAAAAAAAAAAAAAAAGCGCUGUUCAGGUUUUCAGCUUUACGGUAUCUUUGGGCAACUUUUUUUUUCC